GAGAACAGCAGUGAUAGGCAACAACCUUCUAUGAGCAAAACGACAACGACCACGUCCGCCAUCUUGAGGAGGACAGCCGUAGCUGUAUCAGCAGCAGUAACUGCUGUGCUAGCAAGCAGGCAACAAACGGACGUGCUGGGCAAUUGCGAUUCCUACUCGCCAAUCAGCCGCUGCUGGUUCAGGUGUCGAAAAAAAAAAUAGGAACAGUUUGUUGUGCGGCAGGCCUUGGUUAUGUUACGAUCAAGGGUGGAGCUUUCCAACAUUGAAACGAAGCAACGAAGGCUGACAGUGUUCGACCGAAUGGAGGGACCUGUUUUCAUGGUGAACGUGCCAGCGCCGUCGUCGUACAUAUGAUGGUCCCGAGGCGACGAAUACACAGGCAGUUAGCCAGACCGAGAAAAAGAACCGAUUAAGUCUGGUUUAUUGUGAUGCUUUCUGAUCGUAUAUGGUUCGUAUGAUUUGUGUGUCGUAGAAAGAUUAUGGAAAUGGUCAUGUUUAAGUCGACAUGUUAAAGGCGGGAUUGCGAUUAUAGAAUUGUUGUAGAAAAAGUGUUAUCGAUUUGGUGAAUAUUAUGCUGGCGAGUUAGAUCUCUACUUGGUGGUAAUGUGAUUCAGCUUUGCAAUGGUGGUGAGUUACUGCUGAUCGAAAUUGUUUUGACCGCUUGGUGAUAGCGUAGCCACAAUUGACUAUAUCCAACUCUAUGGCUAAAUGGACGACAGCCCUUUUUGUUUUAUUUUAACGUUGAAACUAAUCGUAACCCUUUUAUGUUUAGCUAAUAAAACCGUUAUUGAUGCAAGAGCGAUUUGAUUUGAACUAAUUAGCGUUGCAUACGUAUGGCUUUCAAAGCUACGGUAACGCUAACUAACUACAUUAUUAUUAUUAGAUACGAUUGGCUGUUUCUUGUGGCGGAGGUUGAACAAAUAACGGUGCAAAACAAAUGCAAAACAAAUUGGGCACAGGAAUAGAAACAAAAACAAGCGAGAUGUUUUUUUUUAUUUGUUAGCGAAGCUCUUGAACAGAGCUAACUCAAAAAUUGACUGUAUUAGUUAGGUCUGAUAUUCGUCAAUCUUCGUAUUUUUAGCUCAAAGUAAUUGUUGACACAGAAUGAUUCCUAUAUUUUCUCUAACUCACGUGACUAGUCAUCCUGGCCAAAAGUGCUAGCAAAACAUUAAAAUUCGACUGAAUUACAUCAUUAUGCGUAAUGCCUACAGUUGUGUUUUAACUGUUCCUGUGUACGGCAGCUCCUAUAAUAUUUAAUAUGAUAGAUUCAAAAGCUCUAUCGAGUUCAGCAGUAGCACGAGGUUAAAACUCAGGUUCCAAUUCCAGAUUAUUAUCGAAUGAUCGAUGAGAGGGUGGCAGUAAUUAAUACAGUGCAGUACAAUAGCCUUCCAGAGCGACUUCUAUAAAAAAAGAUCGAAUGAGUGAGCAAGCAGGCGAGCAUGAAAAAAAUUAACUUCACAGUUGUAAAACCCACGAACUCCGCGCUCCUUGCCACCUUUGUCGCCUCCGUCUUUCCUCUAUGCCCUUGAACAUGGUCGCUUACCGUGUCCGGUUAGGUGUGUAUCUACGUGUGCUGAUGAUCAUGACGGUAAUGUGGUUGUGGUAUGCUCGUUUUUCAGUCCGACCAGAUGAGUGAUAAGUCAGCGUGACUGUCUGUAGUUGUAUCAGACUAACGCACAGAAAGAAAUAUCCUCCUCCAUUUUGUUAGUCUAAAUGAACUCCUAUGAGAUCAUGUGGUAAUAGCGCCCCUUACGGCUAGCUCAGGCAGUAGUGAUUUGCAAAUGACUAGGAAAUUAUUGUUAGUGAGUGUAAAACAUUGUGGGGCGCAUUUGUUAGCGUUGGAGAGCGUUGUAUCGUAUCGGUAUGUAGCACCGUACAGUGUGCUGCUUUAUUUUUUAUCCAUAUUUCGGAAAAUCAUUGUGUCGGCCUUAGUAACUCAUCUGUUCCCGUUUAGACUUGUUCCAACUAUCUGACCCAGCUCUGAGUUCCAAGCUGUGCCUGAUUCCCAUCCGAAAUUCCCAGGUUAUUCACUACCGACAUGCUUAUUUGGUACAUCAUGCGAUUUCUCGUACAGUAAAGGCUACAGCAACAACAACAGGGCAGACGUUGGUGUUGAUGCAGUUGACUGUUGAUUGCAGUUGGCGCCAGUGGACAACGAGGUUGGUGUAGCCAAUGCUGGUAGCAGCAGCAGGGGCUGCGGCAGUGCUGCAGCGACAGCGUUAAAUCGGUGGGUCGCACUUGCAUCGUCCGUUGAUUGUCAUUCGUGGAUAGUACCACUUUAACGGAUAAUAGCGACAGCAAUAACAUCAUCUGGGGCUGAGCAAUAGCGAUCGUAAGAGGAAGGCCAAAGGACGCUGUUUGGAAUAGCGCGAAUCACAAAUACUACUACGCUUUACUACAAUGACUAUCCGGCCGCAGCAUGUUAAAAAAGAGGCUACGCCUGCGCCAAGUCAGGCCAAUGCGCAGGGGGGUGGUGGGGGUCCGGAAGGAGCCGCUUGCGGGUCUGAGGGUAAUCAAGCCUCAAUGGAACCAGGGAACAGCCUCGGGGGAUUGGCAUCACGAGGUGAGGGAGCGCUAAACCGUGACUCGUCUCACCAGCAGCUUGGCGUAGCAACCGCUGGCCAGAAGAGAAGACACCGUACGUCACCUCAUCGACACAGGAAACGUGCCUCACUCGCCUCGCCCUCAGCAACACUCACUUCGGCAGGAUGCCAGCCCGGUCCGUCGCAAGCUCCCUUGGUAGCCGGCUCCUCUGUGAUGUCUUCGUGUCCUCAGGUGUCCGGCAUGUUGAAGUCACAGUUACCACCUCUGCCAGCGCUCGCAUCCCUUGAUGAUCUUUCGUCGUUGUCUCCUUUGGGUAAUUUGUCCAGUUCUCUUGCGGCCGGGGCCAGUAACGCGCGGGGAGACGCUGACAACGAAUUUGCGGCUUAUAAUUCGGGCGAUGAGUAUGAUCGGCCGGAUGAUGCAAACGUUUUAAGUGAACGCGAGAUGGCAGAGAGAGAAUUACGAUUCGAGCUGCUGCUCCGCGGAAAAGGACUGACAAUCAAAAAAAUGGAAGAAGAUGGCGCCUGUCUUUUCCGUGCUGUUGCGGAUCAAAUUUAUGGCGAUCAAGGCAUGCACGGCGUAGUUCGGAAGCUUUGUAUGGAUUACAUUACCAAGAACGCUGAUUAUUUUUCACAUUAUCUUACGGAGCCCUUCGAUCAGUACGUAGAACGCAAACGUCGUGCCAAUGCACACGGAAACCACAUCGAGAUGCAUGCUUUGUCUGAAAUGUUUAACAGACCCAUUGAGAUCUACCAUUACUCAGAAGAACCUAUUAACAUCUUUCAUGGAUUACACAAAAGCGAUAAUGACCCAAUUCGGUUGAGUUACCAUCGAGGCGUGCAUUACAAUUCAAUUGUAGAUCCGUACAAAGCCACAAUUGGUGUAGGGCUAGGAUUGCCUGGCUUUCAACCCGGUAUAGCAGACAAAGAGAUGUUAGUCGAUGCGAUUCACGCCUCAGAGCAGACCGAACUUGAAAGGCAGAUGCUAAAAGACAAACUGCUAGCGUCGGACUGGGAGGCGACUACUGAGGCACUUGAACGACAGGUUGCCCAAGAGAGCUAUUUAGAGUACCUUCGUGAGAACGAACGGCGAACCCGCAAACGGCGAAAUGCUGCUGGAACCUGUGGUGGAAGUACUGCCAGUACUGCCAGCCUGUCAGCUGGGGGCGAUGAAAGUCCUCGGGGAUCAUCUUCGCCGCGAAGCACUGGCAGCGGGAGAUGUUCGCCAAAAUCAGCAGCGAACAGUAGCAGUCAACAGCAGCAGGGAUGUGGCGGUGUGGUGGUUACGCAAAGCGGAUCCGUUUCGGCUUCGACAGCGGCCGACAGCAACGUAACAGUAGGGGGACAGCAGUCGCCGCGCCAUUCGCCGAGGUUCGCGUCAUUGCGCGAGGACGGCGCUGGCGGCAGACAAUCGCCCAUGCCGUGUUCAUCUUCGUCACAAUAUCCUUGCGCCCCUAGUGGACAUAGUCCGGCUAGUCCACGUGACAGCCCGCGGCCAUCGAGCUCAAGAGACCAUUUUCCCAUGGCAGUGCCUAUGGGAAAGAACGCGUCAUCUAUUGUUAACAAUAAUAACUUUCCUCCGGAAAUGUUUGGUCUGGAAGAUUACGACGACAGUGUCUUGGCCCGUGUUUUAGCAGAAUCGCAGGAGGAGUACUUUCGUCAACUAAAAAAACAACAACAACAACAACAGCAGCAGCAUCACCAGUAUCAGCAGCAAAACCUGCAUCAGCAGGGUUCGGCCAAUAGCAGCAGCGAAUCCUCCGGGACAAGUAGCAAUAAUGGGUCCCCUGCCAAUAGUGACGUCUCUCAAAACCGACAAUGCCGUCAAGCUACCAAUGAGGGCGCAUCAACAUCGCGGUGCGAUUCGGGUAGUGGACCUGCAUCAGUCGAUGGAGGCCUAUAACAUAUUUGCAGUUGCAAACAUAACAGGCAAAAAUCAGAUAAUCUGUACUUUGUCUAUACUCACUUCUGUGGUCGGAGCGUGAGACGAUAACAUGGACGUGCAACGAUGUGUUCCAAGUCGUUUCUCUCCUAUUACUGUAAAAGGAGAACUUCGUCACUAUUUCAAUCGAAUCAAAAGUCUGUAUUUCUUGGUACGCGAAAAGAACUACUUUUGGCUGGACUUCUGUAGAAGGUGACAGGCGAAACCGAAGGGCAAGGAUCUGCCCGCGCAUAUCUACUGGACAAAAUCUAUAAUAGUAGAAUGAUUAUAUAUAUAUAUAAGCGAUCCAAAAGAUAAUGGACCAUUGCGGUUAAGACCAUAUUGUGCCGGUCUACACUACCUAUGGCGUGAGCAGCCAAACCGGCGCUGAUAUGACAGGUGUCAAUCAGAGAGUAAAGUUAGGUUAUUAUAAAUAGUUAGCUUGAGGGCAGGCCGUUCCAAUAUAUCAUGACGUAUUUCGUUAAGAUAAUGUGUCUAUAUAGUUAUUAAUAUCCGUCUCAAUAUUUCGUUGUUUUAUUGUAUUACUAUGAAGACAUUAUUAGUUACGGACUUUAUCAGCAAUUAAUUGGUUGACGCGACUACGAGGCGUAGUUAUUGAAUCAGAUGGUGAUUUUAGCCGAUUUUUGUAGUAGUCGAUGUUUCAGUAGUUUUUUUUGUAAUUUUUUUAUUGCUUAGUUUUGACUAAUUUUAUGAGCGGCUAUUAUUAAUUAGCUGGCUGAGCAAGAGCUUAGUCUAUUUUUUUUUGACAAUAGAUCAGCUAUAGGAAUCUGAAUCUACCAAUAAUUACAUUAUUUUCUAUCACUAUAAUUAUUAAUAAUAGUACUAAUGACGCCCGAGGAAGUACGAAUAUGUGAGUGCUUACGUGCAAAAUGUAAAGAACGUACAAGAUAAGGAGAUACAUCGCGGAUGAAACAAAAUUAGAAAAACAAUUUGGAUAUAUGGUAAUAUUAGCUGCCUAAAACUAAGCACGGUUAGCAUUUUCAGGAAAAGGUUUUAGGCUACAUUUCAAAUACAACUCAUACUACCAUGAGCUAUAAUACGGAUAUAUACUAUACAUGAAUACAAUAACUAUUUUUAUCCAAGGAAUUCUUGGUGUCAAUUGAUUGGUGCCCACAGACUUGCAGUAUAUUGUAUACAGACAAAAGCAGGGAGUAAUGUAGGGAUAUAAACAGCAAAUAUCUACAUCAAAAAAAAAGCAUUAUCUUGUAUCAUUAUUACUGCUUCUAUUCAUCCUAAGUGAAAACACGUACGAUUGUAAGACUGAAUGUUGCCACAGUGAAAAAAGUGGGCGUUUCUAAAAGAUGUUGGUUUGAAAAUUAGUUAAUGGCAGUGACGACAAAGAGGACAUAAUGUAGCAUUAAGUGCAGAGUAAUAACGCAUAGAAUACGCAUCGAUGAAUUGUGAAUGUUGCAACGUAGCAAUUGCGUGUAUGCAAAUGUUGAAGAGGAAACCUGUUAACCAGUUUCGAUGGUCAGAGAUUUUUCUUCACACAAGAAAACAUAGGCAACCGAGGGACCCGGAACGACAUUGAGAAACAAAGCAACUCUAUAGGAUUACAUAAGAAAAGAUCAAGUGCAAGAGGCAUUAUUCAUUUACUUUAUCUAUCUCUUUUUUAUGAUUAUUUUUAUACUAUUAUUAGUCUAUCCUUUAAGUUAUGUACCCGCGGUCUAACCAUGUAAGCAUUUCCUGCCUAUAUCAAGCGGUUGAUCUGUAAAUCUGGGAUGACUGGUCGACUGAUACUGAUAGAAAAUGGCGAUGACCUUUCUUUGUUUGAUUUUUCUUUCGUGCCAUUACUAUCCAGGGUCGAAAGCAGCAUCAAUUAGAAUGUGCGUUCGUCGAAGGAACCAUAUGAUGACGGCAGGAAUGUAUAUGACUCAGAUGUUUGCGAAAACAGAUUUAGAUAAAAGGAUACCUCUUACCUGAAGGAUGAGUGUGACGGCAUCAGUGGACGAAGACACAAAAAAAAGUAAUCUUAGCAAUAUUUAGCCAUAAUCAUAAUGGUGAAUACGUUGAUGUUCGAGUUUCAAGUGAUUAGACAUAGAUUUUUUUAUGUGCUAGAAGGGUUUUGAAAAACAAAAUAGUGCGCUUCUUGUUGUAGACUUAAAAUUGAAUUGCUUUUUGUAAAAGAAUAUGGUGUCUUUGGUGUUUAAGGCCAUUUUUGCUUGCAGGAAAUACGAAUAGUUUACAGGUGGAAUUUGCAGAAUCUGGUUUAUCUACGACGAGAAAUGGCUGUAUCUUUCGUAUCUUUUCCUUUCUUAUAUUUUCAAAUGAAUUCAUAAGUGGCCGAAAUUUAACCGCCGUUUCUUUGCUUGCAAGAAUUUUUUUGGUUUUCUUGACAAGGAAAGAAAUAACAGAAUCAAAACUUUGUACUAGCCUAUAACUUGUGUAAAAUAACGAGCGUGUAAAGCUAUUCCCAAAUAAAUCACAUGAAACCAAAAACAUGUGUCUUAGAGCAGUUCUUAAAUCCCUCUUUACAAUUGUCGUAAUUCUAAUUAGUUUCUUUUGAGUUUCAUUUUUUUAUUCUCCGUCCUCCAUAAUUACAAUUUCUAUGCUAUACGGUCGCUUGGUUGCUGCGCUCUUUGUUACGGCGCUGCAUUCCAGUAAUUAACGCCCUCAAACAUUUGUCGAGCCGAUUUAGCUGGGUAAGUUCGACCUAUAGCAGUAACAACAAUCUGUAAUAAAAUUUCUAUAUACGGAGUCCAUGUUUCGCAGCAAGCAAAAAACUAGUGCCGUUAUAUAGAUUAUUGUCAAAAAUAUAACUCAAUGAAAAAGAGUUUUGUCUAAAAGUGCCGAAAUCGCCAGUGUCAUGGAUGCAGAUAAGUGUAUUGCGAAUGUAAUUAUAACAUAUGUAUAUUUAUAUAUUGUAUUAUGCACAAAUGAUAGUUGUAGAGUGUAAUUAUCGAUAUAUAGGCUUCUCGUUCGCUCCAACGUAAACGUAACGCAACGAUUCGCCAGAGCCUUCUAUUCUUUUCAGUUUGAUCUCGUCAGUAUAACCGUGGCGACUGAAGUGGGCGAGUGGCUAUAAAAAAAAAGCAAAAGUUUGGUUUUGUCGGUGACUCGAUUCGAAAAUGACCUCGACUACACUGAGCUAUUGAGGCUUCUCGUGCAUUCGAGAGUGCGCGCUCCUCUGUGCGACGCCUGUGUGUGCAACCCAACAUAGUGAUUAUAUAUUCUGUAUAAAAGUUUUUCAACUCCUUACGACACGAUAGGGUCGGAACUAUAACAAUAAGCAUGUGAAGCGCUGUUAAUGAGGAUAUUAUUAAUAAUAAAAAUAUUGAGUUAUCUCAA